GCAGACAAUAAAGAUAGAUGCGCCUGAACAUGUAAGGCGAGGAGGAAGCUGCCGCAGUAUGACUUCAUUUCUGUGAAUUCUGCUCGUUGAGAACUUCCAGGGACGACUGGACGACUGAACUCAAUAAUUUAUGCUCCAUGUUGCUGCGGCGAUCUUCUGAGGAGCAGCUUCUCAUGACAUCCACUGGAAAACAAGAGCUAACAGGAGCGGGAAUCCACAUUCCUGAGGAUGGCCUUGCUGGCGGAGGCUCUCCUUCACAUCCUGGUUGACCCGCGAGUUUCUGGUCUCCUAGCAACUGAGCUGCGCUAGCUUGACGCGGCGGUGCUGUGGUCAGCCUGCAGCAUCAGAGGAAAAUAACAGGCUAAGCAGAGUGUAAGCCCCUGAUUGUGUUGUUUCCCUGGAAGAUGGUGGCCAAACAGAGGAUCCGGAUGGCCAACGAGAAACACAGCAAGAACAUCACGCAGAGAGGAAACGUAGCCAAGACGCUGCGACCCCAAGAGGAGAAGUACCCCGUCGGCCCCUGGCUUCUCGCCCUCUUUGUAUUCGUUGUUUGUGGAUCAGCCAUAUUCCAGAUCAUCCAGAGUAUCCGUAUGGGGAUGUGACACAGGGGGCGGGCCGCGACCCCUGACCCUCUCCUCAUGCCCUCACUGAGCCCGGCUAGCCACCGCCUGCACACUCACGCCCUCAUCCCCCACAGAGCGACCUCUGACCCCCGAUCAGCGUUUCCAGUGUUGCAGUCUGUGGUGCUGACAGCUUUUCUAUGGACAGUCUAAAACCACGCUGACUGCAGAACGACUUUCAUUCGUCGCUUGGCUCCUGUGUGUGUGUGAGUGUAUGUGUGUGUGUGUGUGUGAGAGAGCUGGCGGUGAAUCCUGCUGACUAUGUGCCAUAACUGUGUUAGUUUCUUCUGUACUGUACGAAUGAAGAAUGUAGAUUUUUGUCUGUUUUUUUGUUUUUUUUAGUUUUUUUGUUUUUCAAAUAAAUGUGAAGCAAUUGGAGCCGUCA